GCUUGCUUGGGAGGGAUGUCCACGGUCCCCAAGGGCAACAUGGGACCUACCAAGGCAGUCCCUACCCCAUUUGGCUGCAUUGGCUGUAAGCUGCCAAAGCCGGACUACCCACCAGGGCUAAUCACCUUCAUGUUCUGCGCAAUGGUUAUCAUCGUUGUCUUAGACCUGAUCGGCAACUCCAUGGUCAUUUUGGCUGUGACCAAGAACAAGAAGCUCCGAAAUUCUGGCAACAUCUUUGUGGCUAGUCUCUCUGUGGCAGACAUGCUGGUGGCCAUCUACCCCUACCCUAUGAUGCUGUAUGCCAUGUCAGUUGGGGGCUGGGAUCUGAGUCAGUUCCAGUGCCAGCUAGUCGGAUUGAUCUCAGGACUGAGUGUGGUGGGUUCUAUCUUCAACAUCACGGCCAUCGCCAUCAACCGUUACUGUUACAUCUGCCACAGCCUCCAAUACAAGCGGAUCUUCAGUCUGCGCAAUACCUGCAUCUUCCUGAUCAUUACCUGGAUCAUGACUGUUCUGGCUGUCCUGCCUAACAUGUACAUUGGCACCAUUGAGUAUGAUCCUCGCACCUACUCCUGUAUCUUCAACUAUGCAAACAAUGCCUCCUUCACAGUUACCAUCGUCUGCAUCCACUUCGUCCUCCCUCUCUUCAUAGUCGGUUAUUGCUACACAAAAAUCUGGAUCAAAGUGCUAGCGGCCCGUGACCCAGCUGGACAGAAUCCUGACAACCAGUUUGCUGAGGUUCGAAAUUUUCUAACCAUGUUUGUGAUUUUCCUACUUUUUGCAGUGUGCUGGUGCCCUAUCAAUGUGCUCACUGUGUUGGUGGCUGUCAGUCCUAAGGAUAUGGCAGGCAAGAUCCCCAACUGGCUUUAUCUUGCAGCCUACUGCAUAGCCCACUUCAACAGCUGCCUCAACGCGGUCAUCUACGGUCUCCUCAAUGAGAGUUUCCGACGGGAAUACUGGACCAUCUUCCAUGCUUUGCGGCACCCUAUCUUGUUCAUCUCUCACCUCAUCACUGACAUUCGGGAGACUUGGGAGACCCGAGCUCUCACUCGUGCCCGUGUCCAUGCCCAGAAUCAAGUCCAAGACCAAGAGCAUGCCCAUGCCUCUCUCUCUGUAGAGGGAACCCCACAAAAUGUCCGGAAUGUUCUACUGCCUGGUGGUGCAGCAGCAGCCCACUCUGAUCACGCCUCUGUCCACUCUAAGCCCCAAACCAGGUCUACUUCUGCCUACCGCAAACCUGCCUCUAUCCAUCACAAGUCUCUUUCUGGCCACCCCAAGUCUUCCUCUGUCCAUCCUAAGCCAACCUCUUCUGUCCAUUUUAAGCCUGCUUCUGUCCAUGUCAAACCCACCUCUGUCCAUUUCAAGGGGGACUCUGUCUAUUUCAAGGGAGACUCUGUUCAUUUCAGGGCUGCUUCCAAGCUUGUCACUAGUCACCAUAUGUCUGCUGACUCUUCCUCCAACCAUCCUACAUCCACUGCUGGCUACAUUAAACCUGCUACCAGUCACCCUGCAGCCACCACUGUUGACUAUCUUGAGCCUGCCACCACCAGCCAUUCUGCGCUCCCUGCUGUUGACAUCCCUGAGGUCUCAGCCUCCCAUUGCCUUGAGAUGACCACCACUGGCCACUUCAAACCUGGCAUUACUGUCUCCAACCUUCCGGUUGUAUUUCCGGAGGCUACUGUCACCUCUGCCAGCCCUCCUGACCCCACUGUAAUCCCCAUUGCCACUGAUGAUUACCGCAAGGUUGUGCUUAUUGAUGAUGAUGAUUUUGAUGAUUCUGAUUGUUCUGAUGAGAUGGCUGUAUGAAAAGUGUUCUUUACAGUUUGCCCUGCUUAUGCAGCGCAGAGUGAGAUACCUCCACUGCACGGACACACUGCCGCACACAGACAUGGACGUUCCAUCCACCUUUCAAGCAUAUUCCUCGUUGGCACUCUGCACUCUUGAAAGUGUGUGCAUAUUCUUGCUAUCUUAGAGAUCAAAUUUACAAGUGUGACAUCUGUGGUUCUGAGGUCCUAAGCCUCACAGUUCCUCUAAGGUUGACUUUCAGUCCUCAGUGAUCUCUGAACUGUUUGUUGCUUUAAUCCUCCUCCUGGAGUCUUUCAAAUCUCCUACCCGCAAUUCCCGAUUUCCUCUGCCUCCUGCUUUCUUCUCCCAUUCCCAGGGGUGGGGGAAGAAUGCAUGUGCACUGCUCAAGGCUGCCUUUGUGAUCAGCUCUGUAAUGUGACUGUGAAAUUUCAAUUGCUGAUUCAAACUGACACUUUACUCAGAGUUUACUGUACAAAAAGUAAGAAAAAAUGAAAUGUAUCAUACUGCCUUAAUUCUAUUCUGCAUUUGUGGUAGC